AUGUGGGAGUUGAAGGACGGGUUGGUCUGCUGUCCCAAGCUGGGAAACGAGCUGCCAUUUACAUCGAUCUGCGGACAUAGUGCAGCCGGAGAUCGUAUUGUGGGUGGAGGCGAGGCGGAUCUAAAUGUUUUCCCCUGGAUGGCCAUGCUUCUAUACCAGAACCAUGCAACCUCGGAAAUUAACACCUAUUGCGCGGGCUCCUUGAUCACCAAUCGCUAUGUCCUGACCGCAGCCCAUUGCGUGCACAACAUGCCAUCUGACUUAUCCCUUCAUAGCGUCCGACUGGGCGAGCAUAAUAUCUCCAGCGAUCCCGACUGCCAUGUCAAACGGAAAUUCUGUGCUCCCCCCCACGUGGAAGUCGACGUGGAGUAUGUGGUUGUGCACGUGGACUUCCUCAGGGGUGGCAGGAAAAUGAACCAAAACGACAUCGCUUUGCUGCGACUCCAAAUGCCUGUACGCUAUUCGAGGGCAAUAAAACCGAUUUGUCUUUGGGGAUCCCAUGACUUCAAGACCAACUCCACCUUUCAAGUAGCCGGCUGGGGCAGAACGGAAACGGAUAGAUUCAGUCAAGUACUGAUGAAAGGGCUCAUUAAGAAAAGGGAGUUUGGUAGGUGCUCAGAAAGGACUUCAGACUUGAACUCCGGGUUCCAAAUGUGUGCCGGUGGCCUGGACGGAAGUGACACCUGUGUCGGUGACUCCGGCAGUCCACUGAUGGCCACCAUGGGACAGAGCUACGAAGAAUAUAUAUAUAUAGCCGGCAUCACCUCAAUAGGAAAUACAAAUUGCGGCAUGACUGGUGUGCCAGCAGUUUACAUAAAAAUUUCGGCAUUCAUCGAUUGGAUAACUUUUAAUUUAAGACCUUAA